GCCCGUGGUCGUGCAGUCCAGGGGGCUGGAUGGCAUGCUGGACCCAAGCUCAGCUCAGCGUCCGGGCCCAAUAACGGCUUUUUCAAGGGAGCAGCUUUCUGUCCUGGCCACACUGAGGUGCAUAGCGUAAUGUCCAUGUUGUCCUACACUCUGAUCACAGCUCUUUUGAUCGGCAUACAGGCAGAACCACACCCAGAGAGCAAUGUCCCAGCAGGACACGCCAUCCCCCAAGCCCACUGGACUAAGCUUCAGCAUUCCCUCGACACAGCCCUCCGCAGAGCCCGCAGCACCCCGGCCGGGGCAAUAGCCGCGAGGGUGGCAGGGCAGACCCGCAACAUCACUGUGGACCCCAAACUUUUUAAAAAGCGGCGACUGCGUUCACCCCGCGUGCUGUUCAGCACGCACCCCCCACCUGUGGCUGCAGAUACUCAGGGUCUGGACUUGGAGGCGGGUGGUGCUGCCUCCUUCAACAGGACUCACAGGAGCAAGCGGUCGUCGUCGCACCCUGUCUUCCACCGGGGGGAGUUCUCGGUGUGCGACAGCGUCAGCGUGUGGGUGGGGGACAAGACCACCGCCACGGACAUCAAGGGCAAGGAGGUGAUGGUGCUGGGAGAGGUGAACAUUAACAACAGUGUGUUCAAACAGUACUUUUUUGAGACCAAGUGCCGGGACCCCACUCCCGUGGACAGCGGGUGCAGGGGCAUCGACUCGAAGCACUGGAACUCAUACUGUACCACGACGCACACCUUCGUCAAGGCGCUGACCAUGGACGGCAAGCAGGCCGCCUGGCGGUUCAUCCGGAUCGACACGGCCUGUGUGUGUGUGCUCAGCAGGAAGGCUGGGAGAAGAGCCUGA